CCUACUCUCUCUUUAUUCCUAGGGUUUUCAACCUUCAAUCCGUGCAUUUUCUCUCGCUUCAAGCUCUUUCAGUCUCUGUUUGUUUCCCAAGAAAACUAGACUGAGGAGCUGUGUUGUGGAUUUGGAUGGGAUUAUGAGAACCAGUAGAAUGGCAAAGAAAAGAAGCAGGGUUUUGAAUGUGGCAGAGACAAAUAGAAUUGAGGAUGAGGACACUGAGCUCGAUGAUUUGUCUCAACCAAGGCCUUAUUCAGCCAGGAAUCUUGCAACACAUGGGAAACAGAAUUCUUCGAGUAGAUUUAAGAACAAUGGGUUGAAUGCACCAGCAGACAAGAAACUGGGCAAUUCAUCUCCUUCAGGACAAAGUGGACACAAAAUUAAGUUCCGUUACUCAGCUAGUUCUAGUCCAGCUCAUUCUCCGCCAGAUGAGGUAGCAAGGCUUAAUAAUAAUCCAAUGGCUGAUGAUCAUUGUGCUAGAAGGAGUCUGGAAAUAGCGGAGAGGGAGAAGUAUACCCCUGAUGCUGUAGAAGCAGCACUGACUUUGAUGGACAUCUCUUGGGAUGUUUCACGUUGGUGCAAGAGUAACUCACAUUCUUCUGUGGGGAAUCAUGGGACGAAUAUGAUGGAUGGCAUUAAGAUAAAGAAUGGUGACCAGAAUAGUAAGAAAGAAUGCUGCAAUAGCCAUUCUACAAAGAAGGCCAGGACAUUUCAGAAGUUUUGUGAUGAAGAUUUGGGGGAGGGAGAAAUUGGUGGUAAAUUAAGUUCUCUUUCAUCAAAGGAAACAUGUCUUGUUCAAAGAAAGCAGAAGAAAAGAAAAGUAGGCAGUGAUUCUUCUCUGCCUCAAUCAGAAUACAUGAACUAUGGUGUUACUGAGGAGGAUAGAUCAUAUGAAAGAUGCGGAGAUCUUGGGACCAAAGAGCAUAAGCGUGAUAGAUUAAACCCACUAUCACCCACGGUUUGGCGAGUAGGACCUCAUCACCCUCAUGUCUAUUCUGAAGAGGUUCUUGAAGAAGAUGAAUUGCCCUUGUCCUCUCUUAUGAUUCAUCGUUUAAAGAAAGUUCAAGCUCAAUAUGGUUCUUCUAAAGGACUGACUGAUUAUUCAUCCUUUUCGGCUACAGAAGCUUUGAAUUAUACAGUUCCAGAAGCAAAGAAUAUUAAAUUUUCUUUGGUAAGUCCUACUCCUCAUACUGGGUUCUUAUUCUCUAUUAUACAUUUUCUCUCUGCCAUCCGUAUGGCAAUGGUUGCUCCAGAUGCAACAGAUGAUCCUGCAACAUUUGACAAGUGUUCUCUGAAGAGGAAUCACAAGAGUGAUAAGAGUUAUCACGGAAAGAAGAAACUUAGUAGUUCACGAGUAAAGCAAUAUAAUUUACCUUUACUUCCCAUACAAGAAAUUGUUAGUCGUGUGAGAUUGAAUCCUGGAGAUCCUUUUAUUCUUGAAACCCAGGAGCCACUUCAGGAUUUAGUAAAAGGUGCUCUAAAAAUAUUUUCUUCAACAAAAGCCCCUCAAGGUGCAAGGUCUUGGGAGCCCCUCACUGUCUAUUCCAAGUCUAAGAAAAGCUGGUCAUGGGUUGGUCCAGUGUCUUUCAGGCCAGGCAACCCUGUCAAGGAAAACCUGUCUGCUGAAGCUUGGGGUCUUCCACACAAAAUGCUUCAAAACUUGGUGGAUUCUUUUGCUGAUUGGUUGAAAAGUGCUCAAAAAACUUUUCAAAUUAUUGGAAGCCUCCCUGAGCCACCCCCAAAUUUGAAUUUUAUUACGCUUGAUGUAGGGGAAAGGUUAGGCCGUUUGAAACCUCGGAGUGCUGGCGCUACUAUCAGUCCUUGCUCUGAAGAAUUAAGGGUCUAUUUCCGCAAGGAAGAGGCUGUUAGUAUCAGUGGCAAGCCAUCAUCAAGAUGCCGAGAACAUUUCAUGCUCAAAGCCAAUAGGCCUCCUCAUAUCACUGUUCUUUCUCUUGUGAGGGAUGCAGCCGCCAGAUUGCCUGAUGGGGUGGGCACUAGAGCUGAUGUCUGUAUUCUCAUGAGAGAUUCACAGUAUAUUGUGGAAGACAUAUCUGAAGAACAACUUACCCAGGUUGUUAGCGGUGGCCUGGAUCGCUUGCACUAUGAAAGUGAUCCCUGUGUGCAGUUCGAUGGGGAGACUAGGUUCUGGGUCUAUUUGCAUGGAGAUAGAGAUGAAGACGAUUUUGACGAAGACGGUACUGUAUCUACAAUAAAGAGGCAUGGGCGGCAUUGAAAAAUCCUUCGAAGUAAUGUACAUAAUUUUCAGCUUUUUCCAUCUCAAAGUUGAUAGUCCCUUCAUAUUAAGCUUUAGUUAGUUUCAUGGAUUUGGGUCACUUGUGUUGAAAUUGGAAAUGGUAUGGUUUCCAAUUUGGAUUUAUUGUAUUUUUUUUUUUAAUUUGAAAUGGACUAAGAAUUACAUUUUUUUAAUCUUUGACUUGAUUUUGAAGGCAAUUAGAAAAUAAUAUUCUUGAGUUCUA